AUGAGUGAAAAAAUAUAUCGAGUUUUAGCUUGGAUUUAGCUAUUCUUAUUCUUUUAUGCAGUUCCUGAUUUAAUUAAGUACUUUUGGAAAGACAUUUAGAGCUUAUUCCCUUCUGUUAAAUACAUGUUUGCAGUUGGUCUUAUAUUAAUAAAUAGCAUUACAUAUUAUGGAGGAUCCUUAAUAUUUAUGUGCAUUUAUAAGGGUGAGUUUAAGUUUUUUGAAUAAUACAAAAUCAUCAAAAAUAAAAAGUGGCCUUGGAAUGAAGACUAUGAAAGUUGGUUGAAAAUUCGUAAUAAGACAAUCUUGAAUUCAAUUUUGAAUAUAUUUGUUGUAGGUUUAGGUCUUUUAAUAAUUGAUCUGCAAAUAAAUGAAGUAGAAACAAGCUUUUCUUAAGAGGAAUUUCCUUCUAAGUUAAAAAACUUAAAAGAUUUUUUCAUACUUUUAUUUUUCCACGACUUUUGCUUUUACUGGUCUCAUAGAUUUUUCCAUCAAAAGUUUAUAUAUCCUUAUAUACAUAAAAUUCAUCAUCAAUACUAUCAAAAUGUGUGUAUUGCUGGUUAGUAUUUCCAUCCUUUAGAAUUUAUAAUUACAAUUCUAUUACCUACAUUUAUUUUGGUAAAAUACCUUGGAAGCUAUUUGCAUUUUUCCACUCUAUGUAUGUGGAUAUUUGUGAUGGGUGUAAAUGCAGUUGAAGAGCAUAGUGGAUAUGACUUUCCUUGGAGCCCAUUUAACAUAUCCGAUUUUAACGUAUCAGCUUAAUUCCACGACUUUCAUCAUUCACAUAAUGUAGGAACAUAUGGAGCUUAAUUCAACUUUUAUGAUAAAUUAUUUAAAACUGAUACAGAAUUCAAAUAGUUUAUGGAAAGCUAACAAGUUAAAUAAAUAGAUAAAAAAACUAGUUGA